GCGGGCUGCGCCGGAGCGGGCGCGCGGGUGACAGGUGCGCGGGGCGAGGGCCCGGCGGCGGUCUGAGACCUGAGGGGAGGAGACGCGGCGGCGGCGGCGAUGCUGGAGACCUUGCGGGAGCGGCUGCUGAGCGUGCAGCAGGAUUUCACCUCCGGGUUGAAGACUUUAAGUGACAAGUCAAGAGAAGCUAAAGUAAAAAGCAAACCAAGGACUGUUUCAUAUUUGCCAAAGUACUCUGCUGGAUUGGAAUUACUUAGCAGGUAUGAAGAUACAUGGGCUGCACUUCACAGAAGAGCCAAGGAAUGUGCGAGUGCUGGAGAGCUGGUGGAUAGCGAGGUGGUUAUGCUUUCAGCACACUGGGAAAAAAAGAAGACAAGCCUAAUAGAGUUACAGGAGCAGCUUCAGCAGCUUCCAGGUUUAAUAGCAGAUUUAGAAUCCAUGACAGCAAAUCUGAUGCAUUUAGAAACUAGUUUUGAGGAAGUAGAAAACCACCUGCUGAAUCUGGAGGAUUUAUGUGCACAGUGUGAAUUAGAAAGAUGCAAACACACGCAGUCCCAACAACUGGAAAAUUACAAGAAAAAUAAGAGGAAGGAACUUGAAACCUUCAAAGCGGAACUAGAUGCCGAGCACGCCCAGAAGGUCCUGGAAAUGGAACACACCCAGCAAAUGAAGCUGAAGGAGCGGCAGAAGUUUUUUGAGGAAGCCUUCCAGCAGGACAUGGAGCAGUACCUUUCCACAGGCUACCUGCAGAUAGAGAGGCGAGAGCCCAUGGGGAGCAUGUCAUCCAUGGAGGUGAAUGUCGACAUGCUGGAGCAGAUGGACCUGAUGGACAUGAAUGACCAGGAGGCCCUGGAUGUUUUUUUGAAUUCAGAAGAUAAUGCCGUGCUGUCCCCCGUCUUAGGGCCUGAAUCAAAUACUGGUCAGAAUGAAAUUACUCUCCCGGUUCCAAAUCUCCCGGAAUUACGAGCCCAGCCACCUUCUUUAUCUUCCACCUGCACUGACCCAGCCACCCAGGACUCCAGUGAAGGUGGGGAGUCCCCCGUCGUUCAGUCUGAUGAGGAGGGAGUUGAAGUGGACACUGCCCUGGCCACUUUACACAGCGACGACAGCGACUCCUAAACCCGCAUGGCACCCCGAGCACCGCUGAGAAGACCCGGCUGUGCAGAAUCCCACUGAAGGCAGGCGGUUGACAGGGGCUCUUGAUUGUCACACAAUUGCCAGUAAUUUCUGAGAAACUGACUGAAAGAAAAGCUAACAAUAAAGUUUGAGGACUUUAA